AUGAACAUUGUAAACAAUGCUAUCGUGACAAGAGGCCAAAUGGAAGAAAGUCCGCUAUAUGAUCACAAAGAGUUUGAGCCAGGGGAAGAAUGCGAUGACUGGGAAGUCAGCCGAUCGAGGGUCCAUUUGGGUGCUUUAAUCGGAAGUGGUGCAUUCGGGAGGGUCCAUGCAGCGUACCUGGAUAUGCCUGGAGGAGAAACCAUCACCGUUGCCGCUAAAAUGCUGACAGACAGUACAGCAGGCGAAGAGAUGCAUGACUUUCUGCGUGAGAUUGCGAUGUUAAAGCACGUUGGUUCCCACAAACAUGUUAUCCGUCUAGUGGCUUGUUGUACAAGACGACCGCCGCUGAUUGCGCUCUUGGAACAUGCACCUAGGGGAGACCUUUUGACUCUGCUAAGAGCUGCUAGAGGAAAGAGAAACAUAAUGAAGGAAGUAGAUGUAUCCAGUCGUAAUGAACGACCAUCUGAGGCGGAUACUGAAUACACUAACAUAAGCGAUUCGGAUCCGCCGAUAGAAGAGCCUGGAUAUUCUAAAUUGUACAUUGACUCGGACCAGGAGACCAACAAACACCAGUACGUAGCAGAACCAGCAUUACAUCUUGACAGCUCUACCAUGAGAGAUUAUGCUUUGCAAGUAGCUUUAGGUAUGCAGCACUUGGAAGCAAGAGGAAUUACCCAUCGGGACUUAGCUGCUAGAAACAUUCUAGUGGAUGGCGCUGGUGUCCUCAAAGUGGCAGACUUUGGUCUCUCCAGGUCUGGGAUCUACGUUCAUACAAGAUCUCGACCGGUGCCGUUGCGCUGGUUGGCUCCAGAAGCAAUUUUCUCAUCGCAAUACAGUAGUGCCACCGACGUCUGGGCAUUCGCAGUUUUGCUGUGGGAAAUUGCUACUUUCGGUGGAUUUCCAUACGCCGAACUGAGCAACCAAGAGUUACCAGAAUUUCUGACUAGAGGUGGUCGUCUUUCAAAGCCUGCUAGAGCCUCGCUACGUCUGUACCAGCUAAUGGAGGAAUGCUGGUCGAACGACCCAAGCUUUCGACCCACGUUUACCCAAAUCGUGAACAGACUUACAGUCCAAAAUCAAUUGUAUGUGGAUUUAGAUUGUGUUUUUCCGCCAUUCGAAGAUAUGGAUCUUAAAGAUGCUUUUCAACCUGAAGACUGA